AUGACAGGCCGAAAGCGUGUCAUUUGGGAUGAGAAUAAUCUUGAUCAAAACGAGGAGUACCGCCGCCUGCACCCCGUGACGAUGCGAAUAACGGAGCCGAAAACCCCCUACGAGUAUGCCAAGAUGGAGGAUGAAAGCUUCUGUGACGAACUCGACGUGACGGAUGGAGAUGGGAAGAUGGAAGAGGGGACUAGCAGCACGUGGGACCCGAAGGUAAACGCAUUAGCUAGGAAAAUAAAGGAGGAGUGCAUCCAGGGUGUAGCUAGGACAGUUGCACCGGUAAGUUCCUCGGGCCGGCCCAUGUUAUCACCUGGUGUUACAACCGGCAAGCUGCUUGAGAAGGAACUUGACGAGGAAUUUCGAAGGAUGCGCAAGGCGGUGUAUGCGGACGAGGGGGCCAAGUUCAAGGCCCAGUUGGCCAAAAAACAGGAGAAGGCAAAGGAUUGA